UCAAAGUCAUUCACAUUCUACCUGCUGAGGCAUGCCAACCCAGAAUCUGUUCCUGAAGUUCUUCCUCCAGAAGUCGGAAAUUCUGCACCUUAAAAUACCCUCCACAAUCUGGUUCAUGCACUUUGAGGAACCAGCAUAAACCCACCAGAUCUAUUUAGUUAUAUCUCUCGGUUCUGCCCAUCCUCUGGUUUUGGAUGCAAAGCUGAUAAGUACUAAGAAAAUAAGAAUCUUCUUUGGAGAAAAAUACUAUUAUAUUCUAAUUGCAAAAGAACAUAAAUUCAAGAGAAAUUUUGGAAAAUACAGAAAAGCAGAAAUAAAAGAAAAAACAAGUGUGACUGGAUCCCAGCUUCUCAACACCAAAACUUGGUAUAUCCUGAUUUUUUAUUUUAAAUUCUUCUGGUUGGAAAUUGACUCCUCCCAUCUCAAGACAGUAUGGCCCUGACCACAGAGUUGAGGAGUCCGCCGCAACUGAGAGAGGUGGCAGGAAUCCCCCUGCAGGCUACAACUGUGGACAACUGGAGCCAGAUCCAGAACUUUGAGGCCAAGCCAAAUGAUCUCCUCAUCUGUACCUACCCUAAAUCAGGUGACUAUGGGACCCGGGGAGAGCAAGACCUUGGCCUGCUGAGUCAGCAUGGGCUUCUCACAUCAGGGACAACAUGGAUUCAGGAAAUUGUUGACAUGAUUGAACAGAAUGGGGAUGUGGAGAAAUGUCAGCGAGCCAUCAUUCAACACCGCCAUCCUUUCAUUGAGUGGGCUCGGCCACCCCAACCCUCUGGUGUUGAAAAAGCCAAAGCAAUGCCCUCUCCACGGACACUAAGGACUCACCUUCCCAUUCAGCUGUUGCCUCCAUCUUUUUGGGAAAACAACUGCAAGUUCCUUUACGUCGCUCGAAAUGCCAAAGACUGUAUGGUUUCCUACUACCAUUUCCAAAGGAUGAAUCAAAUGCUUCCUGACCCUGGUACCUGGGAAGAGUAUUUUGAAAGCUUCACCAAUGGGAAAGUGGGUUGGGGUUCCUGGUUUGACCAUGUGAAAGGAUGGUGGGAAAUGAAAGACAGAUACCAGAUCCUCUUCCUCUUCUAUGAGGCCAUAAAGAAGGACCCAAAACAUGAAAUUCAGAAGGUGAUGCGGUUUAUGGGAAAGAACUUGGAUGAAACAGUGUUAGAUAAAAUCGUCCAGGAGACAUCAUUUGAGAAAAUGAAAGAAAAUCCCAUGACAAAUCGUUCUACAGUUUCCAAAUCUAUCCUGGACCAAUCCAUUUCCCCCUUCAUGAGAAAAGGAACUGUGGGGGAUUGGAAAAACCAUUUUACUGUGGCUCAGAAUGAGAGAUUUGACAAAAUCUACAGAAAAAAGAUGGAAGGAACCUCAAUAAACUUCUGCAUGGAACUCUAAGGCAUAAAUACAGUGGAUGACAAGAACGCAGAUGCUACCUUUCACUCCCUCAGCCCUGGUCAAAAGAAUCUCUGGAAGCACAUUGUACACGUACAUGAUUGUGGUACCAACUGUCUCUGUGAUUGUUACAGUCUGUACCAACUUCAUUUUUAAACAUAAUCAUGUCUGAUGCUUACUUUCUCAAUCAUUUUUCCAAAAUAAGAAAUAAGAUGUUUUAAUAAACUAAGUAAAAUGCAAAACUUGAAUGCUGCAAGGAUUUUUUUAAAUCUCCAUCAUUCUAGAAAAUGUGUCCUGGUUUUCUAGUCUGCAAUGUAAUACCUUGAGUAUAAGUAUGCAAAUAUUAGCUCACAUCUGUAUUAAUAGGAAAUUUCUGACAUCUGACAUGGCUAUUCAAGGAACUCCAGCUGGGCUAAGUCCUAGGGUUCCUGAUUACUGUGGGAAGGGACACUUCAAGGGCAGUCUUGAUAUAGCCAGACCCGGGAAAACAUGUUCUGAGUGACUUCCCUGGUGGUGAGGAAUAAAAGGGAAGGGCACAGAGGGAAGAUGCCAGAAGACCAAAACCUAUUAAAAGAGCCAUGGUGCUAGGUCAUAUAGGCAACUGAAAGCUCAAGGGUGGCCUUUUGGAAGCCCACGUUUUGUCCUGGUAAAAGCAGAAAACAGGAGACAGGAGCAGCAUCAACAAAGCCAGCCUAGUUCUGCUUGUUGGGCUUGGGGUUAGUCUCAACGCCAAUGCCGUGCUCUGUGGGGACUCCUCAUCACCAAGCCAGGAGCCCUUUUCAGUGGUUUCCCAUAUUUACCCAUCGUAACCCAGUUGCUCUGUAUUUACUUGUCUAUUCACUUGUCUAUACAUUCCACUAGGUAGUAAAUUUUGUGUGUGUUUGGUUUCAUGUCUUAUUCAAUAUUUUGUUCCCAGCACCUCUUGCAGAGCCUGGCACAUAACAUGUGUCCAUUAAGUACUCGUGGAAUGAGCCAGUGAAUCUAUGGAUGAAGAACUACAGGAGGGCAGGCAUGUUUCAGAUCACAAAUUCUCAACUUUUAGUCCCAACUAGUGGGACCAAAGCUGAGCGCUGUAGGAGUUCACCUGGCAAACAGGCAACAAGAGUGUGCAUUAAGCCAACUAAAAUUCUGACUGCUUUUUAUUAUCACCCUCCUCAGGCAAUUCUAAAUAAUGUCAAUGAUAACAUACUCCUCCCAGGAAAAAGAAAAAGAAAAACUUGUGUUGGCCUAAAUUCUGAACAAUUGCUUGGUUACUACUGAGUUUUAAUUAUA